AUGCGCUCUGCAGCGCGCUCCCUCCGACUCGGACAGCUGCCCCGCACGGUCGCGUCCGGAUCCGUGUCCCGGAGAGCGUACCACCCCGCGGUCCUGCCCUCGCUCAUCUCGACCACCUUACCGGAGUUCAAGGCCAAGGCGGAGUCCAUGGACGCGCUCGUGCACGACCUCGAGACGAAGCUCGCGGCGGUGCGGCAGGGCGGGGGGCCGAAGGCGCAAGAGCGCAUGCGGAGCAAGGGGAAGAAGCUGCCCAGGGAAAGGCUCGCGCUGCUGCUCGACCCGCACACGCCGUUCCUCGAGCUCUCGUCGCUCGCGGCACACGAGGUGUACGGGGCGGACUCCGUGCCUGCCGCGGGGAUCAUCACGGGCAUUGGGAGGAUAGCGGGCAGGGAGUGCGUGGUGGUCGUGAACGACGCGACGGUCAAGGGCGGGUCGUAUUACCCUUUGACGGUCAAGAAGCACCUUCGUGCGCAAGAGAUUGCACGAGAGCACGGCCUGCCUUGCGUGUAUGUUGUCGAAUCCGGCGGAGCGGCACUUCCGCACCAGGCGAAUGUCUUUCCAGACAAAGACCAUUUCGGGCGUAUCUUCUACAACAUGGCGCAAAUGUCUGCUCUAGGCAUUCCCCAGAUCGCCAUUGUGCACGGUAUUUCAGUCGCAGGCGGCGCAUACGUUCCUGCGAUGGCGGACGAGAACAUCAUUGUGCGGGAGCAAGGACGCAUUUUCUUGGCUGGACCGCCCUUGGUGAAGGCGGCGACUGGCGAGGAAGUCGAUGAGGAGACUCUCGGUGGAGGUCUCAUGCACUCCUCCGAGAGCGGCGUUACAGACCACCUCGCCCGGGAUGACGAGCAUGCUAUCGCUAUUGCACGAGGUAUUGUCGGAGAUCUGGGCAAGGCCGGGUCACGAGAGGUCCCACCCCCAGCUGUUCCCGAGAACCCGUUAUACCCAGCACACGAGCUACAUGGGAUCGUCGGCACCGACCUUCGACAAGCAUUCGACAUGCGAGACGUAAUUGCACGCAUUGUGGACGGUAGCCGGUUCCGUGAAUUCAAGAAGGAGUACGGGCAGACGAUUGUUACCGGCUUCGCAAACAUCCACGGGUACCCUGUCGGGAUCGUCGCAAACAACGGCAUCCUCUUCUCUCAGUCUGCGCUGAAAGCAACACAUUUUAUCGAGCUGUGCUCGCAACGCCAAGUUCCACUCCUCUUCCUCGUCAACGUCACCGGAUACAUGGUCGGCUCCAAGGCGGAGCGCGGUGGGAUCGCCAAGGACGGAGCGAAGAUGGUCCGUGCCGUCGCGUGUGCGGACGUACCUAAACUCACCGUCGUCGUCGGCGGGAGCUACGGCGCGGGAAACUACGGCAUGUGCGGACGCGCAUAUAGUCCGAGGUUCCUGUGGAUGUGGCCGAACGCGAAAGUGUCCGUCAUGGGCCCCGGCCAGCUCUCGCAGGUGAUGGCGACCGUGUCGAAGGACCCGACGAAGCACAGCACGCUCAAGGACGAGAUCGAGGAGCAGUCGACCGCGUACUACGCCUCGGCGCGCCUGUGGGACGACGGGAUCAUCCGCCCCGUGGACACGCGCGACACCCUCGGCCUCGCGCUCGCGCUGGCCGCACGGGAGCGGAACCCGUCUGGGUCUGCAGGCCGGCUGGGAGCGACGACAUGGGACGGCGACGGGAAGGGCUUCGGGGUAUUCAGAAUGUAG